AUGGGGCUCCGGUCCAGGACCGUCGCUAGCGGCUCGGAGGAGCAGAAGAAGACCUCCGGCGGCGCGCCUCCGGGGGACUUCCUGGACCAGGGCGUCGUGGGAGCGGACAAGGACGGCGCCCUGCUGCUGGCGGCCGCGGGCCGGGACGACUUCAAGCGGGGCUCGCAGGGCAUCGGCAUCGGGCUGCUGGCCAAGACCCCGCUGAACUACACCCGGCCGGCCAAGAGGAACAACACCCGCAGGAGGAGGAUCCAGAACCUGCUGUACGACGCGCUGGAAAGGCCGAGGGGAUGGGCGCUGCUCUACCACGCAUUCGUGUUUCUGAUCGUUCUGGGAUGUUUGAUUCUGGCCAUUCUGACGACAUUCAAGGAACACGAGAAUGUGUCUGCUCACUGGCUGGUCAUACUGGAAACCUUCGCCAUCUUCAUCUUCGGAGCAGAGUUUGCUCUGAGGGUCUGGGCGGCCGGAUGCUGCUGUCGCUACAAGGGAUGGAGGGGGAGGCUGAAGUUCGCUCGCAAGCCCCUGUGCAUUCUGGACAUCUUCGUGCUGAUCGCCUCGGUGCCGGUGGUGGCGGUGAGGAACCAGGGCAACGUGUUGGCCACGUCGCUGCGCAGCCUGCGCUUCCUGCAGAUCCUGCGGAUGCUGCGCAUGGACCGGAGAGGAGGGACCUGGAAGCUGCUGGGGUCGGCCAUCUACGCCCACAGUAAGGAGCUGAUCACCGCCUGGUACAUCGGCUUCCUGUCUCUGAUCCUGGCGUCUUUCCUGGUCUACCUGGUGGAGAAGGACGACGUCACCGUGGAAGUGUCCGGCCACGACAACCCCACCACUCAGCCCAAACCGCAGGACUUCGACACCUACGCCGACGCACUGUGGUGGGGGCUGAUCACGCUGACCACCAUCGGUUACGGGGACAAGACCCCGAAGACCUGGGCCGGCCGACUGCUAGCCGGCACGUUUGCUCUGAUCGGAGUGUCCUUCUUCGCUCUGCCUGCAGGCAUCCUGGGGUCCGGCCUGGCCCUGAAGGUCCAGGAGCAGCACCGGCAGAAGCACUUUGAGAAGCGCAGACAACCCGCCGCCGGGCUCAUCCAGUCUGCCUGGAGAUAUUAUUCCACCAAUCCAAUCAGGGAAGACCUUAUUGCCACGUGGAGAUUUUAUGAAACCAUCAUCUCUCUCCCGUGUUUCAGGUGAGAUCACUUGGAGAACAUAGCGAGCCAAAAGCUGAGUCUACUCGAGCGCGUCCGCCUCCCCAACGCGCGGCCGUCGGUCGGGACGACCAAGAGGCUCACGAGUCACGGCGACUCCAUCGAGGAAAGUCCCUCCAAGGACCCCAAACCCGCCGGCUUCAGUAACCGCGAACGCUUCCGCACCGCCUUCCGCAUGAAGGCCUACACGCUCCGCCAGAGCUCUGAAGAUGGCGGCGGCCUGGCAGAACCAGCCUUAGAGGAGCGGGGCUUCCCCCCGGACAUCCUCAUGGAGGAGAUGAUCCCCACACUGAAGCUGGUCAUCAGGGCAGUCAGGAUCAUGCAAUUCCUCUUGAACAAGAAGCGGUUUAAGGAAACUCUGAGGCCGUACGACGUGAAAGACGUGAUCGAGCAGUACUCCGCUGGACACCUGGACAUGCUCUGUCGGAUCAAAUACCUCCAGACGAGGAUCGACAUGAUUCUGGCCCCUGGACCCCCCCUCACCCCCAAACAAAAGAAAACUCAGAAAACGCCCUUCACCUACCCGUCCAGUCAGUCGCCCAGGCACGAGUCCGACCUCGCCAAGGCCUCCUUGCCCGAGGCCGAAGACCAGAGCAUGAUGGGAAGAUUUGUCCGGGUGGAGCGACAGGUGGAGGACAUGGAGAAGAAGUUGGACUUCCUGGUGGACAUGCACAUCCAGCACAGUGAGCACCUGCAAGUGGACUCUGCCGGCGCCGCCCACAUGACCCUGGAGACCUGCGACCCGGCGGGGACCGGCGAGAUCCGGCGGGUCUUCUUCAACUACGCCGAGGCCUUGUCCUGCCAGAUGCCCGGCAGCAAGCUGGAUCCGUACUGCGGAAGAGGAAAAGGAGGCGCAGAGGGCACCGGGUCGACCGGCGGGAGCCACCUCCCUCCGCACCACCAACCCCCGUCGUCACACCUCCACCAACGCCACCCUCCGGCCGCCAUCCCCACCUACGCCGAGCGUCCCACGGUGUUGCCCAUCAGCUCCCUGCAGGACUUGCCGGCGGGGCCGGGCAGGACCGCGGGGGGGCGGGGGGCCGACUCGCCGCUCUCCAUGCUGUCGGUGAACCACGAGGAGCUGGAGCGCUCGCUGAGCGGGUUCAGCAUCUCUGGGGAGCGGGAGGAAGCGGGGGACGGGGGGGCAGCCGGAGACGGCAGCUGGACGAGACCCCGACCGAGCUACCUGGCGGAGGGGGAGACGGACACGGACUCGGACCCCUUCACGCCCAGCGGGGGGCCCCUGCCUCUCUCCUCCACGGGGGAGGGGUUUGGUGACGCCGUGUGGAACACGCCGCCCUGA